GAUGAGGCUUUAUUGCAGAUUUCCACUGCCCAGUCUCCCUCUCAAACGCCUUGGAUAACUAUUGUCACUCUUUACUUCCCCACUCUCAUUUACUUGUGUACCAUAGCGAUAAGGUUGGAUAAUACCCGGAAUAUUUAUCGGAAGGCGCGUUCUUUUGGAUAGCAGGGAAUGGUUGGUAUAUAUCUACUUUCAAGCAUCAUCACACUUUCCACGCUCCCCGCCGUCGUGUCCUCGAUAUCUAUUGAGCAUGGACCAUCAAGCCCGUCCCUCUCCACGGGAAAACACACGCAGGGCGUGCAUCUCCCUAUAUAUCGCAGAGAACGUACCAGCCCCCGGAAACGAAGCGGUCAGACGGGCAUAGCAGGACUUGGAGACUACUUGGAUGUGUCGUAUAAUGUUUUGAUGCAAGUAGGGGACACACAAACACCUGUUGUAUUAGACACUGGUUCCUCAGACCUGUGGAUUCUUUCUUCUGCUUCUGGCGCGAAUGGUUCUUCAAGUGUGCCGCUUUACGACCCUUCUACAUUUCAGCCCUCCGAUCUGGAAGCACGACUUGAAUAUGGCGACUCCCUUACUGGCACUCACGCUUUUGGUCCAAUCGGGUUUGACUCUGUAUCUCUCGCUGGUAUCACGCUGUCGGAUCAGUAUUUUUCGGCUAUUAAUGAUACAAACACGACUGUGCUGCAAACAGGAUCAGCAGGCAUAUUCGGGCUGGGAUUUCCAAUAAAUAGUGUGAUUUGGGGUGAGGUCUUUAUAUCUCAACAAAAUUCCUCUUUCACGUCGUCCAAGCGGGACAAUCUGCAUGACACCAUACCUACAAAAUCCCAUGAUUUUGAGAUUCGUUUCUUCCCAAAAAAUGAUUUAAGCCAUUUUGUUGGCUCUUCAUCUUCCGUACCUCAAAUAUCUUCCCGCCAAUCAUCCACUUCACCUUCAGGAACAUCUGCUAUUUUCGCAUCAUAUUCUAGCAUCGGGCCUUUCAUAUCGCGACUUGUUGUGCAAGGCUUACUUGCCUUACCCAUGUUCACUGUUACCCUCCAGCGAGACGCCAUUCAAAUUGGUGGUAACCAAGGCAUGCUUUCUCUCGGUGAACUCCCCGAAAGUGUAAACAACGACAGUUUGACCUGGGUACCUGUUCGUGGGUACACCCCUGAAGAAGGUGGCCUGAAUCCUCCAGCGGAUGCUCCAAACGAGGUGUAUCCAAUUGCAUGGGAGAUUCCAGUCGAUGACGUAUAUUUUGAUGGCGAGAGACUUGCUAGGUCGCAGCUCUCUUCGCCCAACAUAUCUUUGUCGGCCUUGCUUGACACCGGCAACUCCCUCAUUCGUGGACCUCCCGAUGUCAUAUCAUACAUUCUCAAUACUGCAUUAGGAGGCUCUCCCUUCCCUUGCUCGGAGCAACAUACGCUUGCUUUCCAGAUCGGCGGGCAAAUGUUUCCUGUUGAUCCGCGUGACUUCGUUAGUCAAACACAGUCUGAAAGCCUUGAAGACUGCGUCGCGAAUAUUACACCUACGGAUGUGCCCGUUAUUGGUUCAGGAUACUUGUACAGUUGGAGCCUAGGGGAUCCAUUUUUGAAAAGCGUUCUUGCAGCAUUUUACUAUGGUAAUCUUGGAAUGCCUUCACAAGAUCCAGCGCGCAUCGGGUUGCUUUCAACUGUUCCGGACAACGCAGCUGAUGAACUUGCAUCGGCCGUCAGCGAUGUUAUUCCUACCACCGUCAUCGCUGGAGCAACGAGCGUUUACAAUAGCUUACCUGUAACAUCGAAUGUGGCACCCUCCCGCAUCAUCUCUGCGCUCAGCACAGGCGUGGGUGGCGUCCCACUCGCGCCCACGUCCAUAUCUGGGUCGCUGUCUGGCGGCAAAAAAGUGAACGACGUGCGAGAAGCGUUACGUGUGAAUGCGUGGACCGUGGGUUUGGGUGUGAGCCUUUGGAUUCUAUGCCGACUGGUGGGGUAGAAGAUGUGGGAGGAUUUUUUCUUCGCGUUGUACUGCAUUCCUGUAAUUCUCGUUCCUGUGCAGCCAUGUUGCACGUAUCUGUAUCUCCUGGUGGAACUCGCCGAUUGCAAAAUUUGUUUCUGUGCGACAGUAGAGAUUUUUGAACCAUUAUUUUUAUUUAUUCUAACUUCAUAAAGUCGGUACUUGUGUGGCUUGGGAUAUUUAUGUUGUUUUGU